AUGGAGGAUGUAAAAAACCCGCCGACCGUCCACCGUUCCUCCUCCUUCAGCAUCAAGAGCCUCCUGCUUCCCUCCAAGUGCGAGAGACCGGACCCCGUCGCGGCCGCCGCAGCCGCCGCGGUCGUUGGCAUCCCGGGGACCUUCUCUCCUACCCCGGGCUCCGACUCUGAGAAGUCGCUGGACACACCGGAGGUGGACUCCACGGCUGCGGCUUUGGACCCGGGGAAGCCGGCCAAGGAGGAGCAGGGGGAAGAGGGGGAGGAGUGCGGAGGGGACGGAGCCAAGGCCACACCGGAGCAGAAUACUAACGGCAACAAUAGCGUGAAAAACGGGAAAUAUGACAAGCCUCCGUUCAGCUACAAUGCCCUGAUCAUGAUGGCCAUCCGGCAGAGCCCCGAGAAGCGGCUCACGCUGAACGGCAUCUAUGAGUUCAUCAUGAAAAACUUCCCGUAUUACCGGGAGCACAAGCAGGGCUGGCAGAACUCCAUCCGGCACAACCUGAGCCUCAAUAAGUGCUUCGUUAAGGUGCCCAGGCACUACGACGACCCGGGGAAGGGGAACUACUGGAUGCUGGACCCGAGCAGCGAUGAUGUUUUCAUCGGAGGGACAACCGGGAAGCUCCGCCGGCGCUCCGCCACCUCCCGGGGCAAGCUGGCGAUGAAGCGGGGGCUGCGCUUCGCUCCUCUCGGCUUGGGGAUUAACGAGCGGGCGAACAACCCGCUCUACUGGCAGAUAUCCCCCUUUCUGUCCCUGCACCAUCACCACCACCACCACCCGCACUACAACGGAUCCUCGCCCGGGUUUUUGAACCAGGCGGCCGGCUACGGUUCGUUGCUGCCCGCCGUGGAGCAGCUGAGCAACGGGGACCUGGGGCGCUCCAUCCUCGGCGGGUCGGCCGCCGGGGCGCUGGGCUUGACGAACGGUUACGGGAUGAGCACGUCGCCGGUCGGGCUGCUCUCCGGACAGACUGCCGGGUAUUUUGUCUCAGGGACCCAACACGGAGCUCCGGGAGGAGGUCCGCCUACUCACCCGUCGCAUCUCCAGCAGAGCGCACCGGGUUAUGGCGGCUUGGCGACCAGCAGCUCCCCGCAGUCCCUGCUGUCGGACUCCCUCCGAAAUAGCUCCCUACCGGCCUUCUCCCCGGGCGUGUCCGCGGGGUUCCCCGGGGUGCUGUCCCAUCAAAAGAGGUUGACUCCAAACGCGUUCCUAAACUGA